AUGGCGCCGGCGCAAGGCUGGGCGAGGCGGUACAUCAAGGCCUUCUGCAAAGGCUUCUUUGUGGCGGUGCCCGUGGCCGUGACCUUCCUCGACCGGGUGGCCUGCGUGGCGCGAGUGGAGGGAGCAUCCAUGCAGCCCUCGCUGAACCCCGGAGGCAGCCAGUCGUCGGACGUGGUGCUGCUGAACCACUGGAAGGUGCGGAACCUGGAGGUGCGCCGCGGGGACAUUGUGUCGCUGGUGUCCCCUAAAAACCCAGGACAGAAGAUCAUCAAGAGAGUGAUUGCCCUGGAAGGAGAUAUUAUAAAAACCAUGGGACACAAAAACCGCUAUGUCAAGGUGCCUCGUGGUCACAUCUGGGUUGAAGGCGAUCAUCAUGGACACAGUUUUGACAGCAAUUCUUUCGGGCCGGUUUCCCUGGGGCUGCUGCAUGCUCUUGCCACGCACAUCCUGUGGCCCCCGGAGCGCUGGCAGAGGCUGCAGUCUGUGCUGCCCCCGGAGCGCCUGCCGGUGCAGAGCGAAGACCAGUGA